AUGAGCGCCGCUCGAGCCGCCUUCUUGUCGCUCGCGGCGUUCAACCCCUUCAGCCUGACAGGCACCCGUGGCGAGGAGGUUUCAGCGCAGCUGCGCCAGAUCCAGAUCGUGGGCUGCCCUGGCACGCAGAUCCCGAAGCACCCGCGCAGCCCGCAUCACGCGCAGAGGCACGGGCGCCACUUCGCCAUCUACUUCGGAUAUGGACGACGCAGCAUGCACAUCAACAACUCAGCGGGGCGCAUCAUCCUACUCAACCACAGGUUCAAGGAGAAGCACAUCAAGGACAUCACCGCGCGCCGCCAGAGCUCCCAGUGGCGAGACACCAUGACGAAGGUCGCUCAAUGGGUCAAGCAGGAGAUUUUGAACACGCCAUCCCGCUUCACCCCGAUAGUCAUGAUGGACCUCAACGACCGCUUUGCCGCAGGCCCCGACGGCGACGAGACAGUCGGCCAGUUCCCGACGGGCAAGGAGGGCGAAGUUGGCAAGCUCUACCACCACACGCUCGCCAACUCGUACAUGGCGGUCGCGAACACGUAUUAUGGCACGGGCCCCACCUACGACGGACGCCACCCCUCGGUCACGGACUACAUCUACAUCCCCGCGGGUUUGGUCUCCCGCGCCACGCAGCGCCGAGCGUGGAACCACGCCGCCCACGCACUCCAGAUCUCGAGGAAGUUCAAGGACCACAAGCCGCUGGUCAUCAAGCUCGAGGCCCCGCCUGCCUGCCGCCACUCCGUCUCCAAGGCCCCCCAGACCAUGGACCGCGACGCCAUCGCUCUGGGACUCAAGGAGGGCCGCAAGCGGAAAGAAUUCCUGGAGAGCUUGGACCACAACCUCAGCACCCACGCCGGCCUGUUGGACGAGUACCUCGCGCAGAAGGACGGCACCUACCACUGGGACCCCGCGAUGCAGUGCUUUCGCGACGCCGCCUUGGAGCACUUCGCCGUCGCCUAUCGCCGAAUUGACUGGUACCGCGAAGCUCGAGAGCACAAACUCCAACUCCUCAAAGAACGAGCCCAGCUUCGGCAACGUUUGCACGCCCACGAGGACCACCCCGACGUCAAUGAGGACCACCUGCGCCAGCUCGACGACACCAUCUACGACUUGAGCAAGAAACUCCGACGCCACCAGAAGCACACCAACCACAAGCACCAGGCAAUUCAGUGCGACGAUCUCUGGCAAGCAUGGCGCACUCGACGUCUCCCCGAAUGCCACUGCGCCAACAGGAACAUGUUGCGCCACAAGCUGCGGGCCCGCAAGCGCUUCCACGGCAUCCUCCCGAGUUCGCGACCAAGCAUGCACAACCGCGUUUCCAUGCAGGCCAACACCUCGCAGAGCUUCCAGCCAGACAAGGGCAAGAUGAUAUUAAGACACGCGGGCCUACGCCUCAUCCACUGGUUCGACGUCUUCUGGCGCUGCUUCUACCGCCACCUACGAGAGCGAGGAUGUCCGACACGACCGCCCGACUACGCCUACGGCGGCAUCCCACAUCGACGACGCGAGUUCGGCAUGAUCGUCACUCGAGUGGUCUCCAGCAAGCUCCGACGGGCGAAGAUCGCCUUCGCAGCUCGCCCCCACGACGGCCGCAACGCCUUCGGGUUCACCCACCACGACGCCAUCACCGGGCGCGUCAUACCGACCUCUCGCGAUGGCGACCGCCAGCUUGCAUUACGACGACGCACGGUGUCCCAGACCAUCGUCGAUGCUAGCGACGGCACGCCCAUCAUGCGCAACCGCGAGGGAGGCCUCAUGGGAUGCCCGAGCGAGCCCGACGCCUUCAUGAAGGUCUACAACCACCAGCUCGAGCAAUAG